AUGCCGUCGGCACUCAAUAACCUGAAUGGUCUGGGGGACCACCACCAGUUCUUCAAGGCCGCCGAUAUCAGCCUCCGAUCUGAGGUUCUAAGCUCCAACGAUCAAGGUGUCAGAUCAAUCCCAGAGUUGAUCGAUUACAAUGCCCGUAUCAACCCGGAAGCCUUAUUCUGCUACCAAGCGCUCAAGUCUGCAGAUGCAUCAGGAGACACGGAUGGGCCGCCGCCGAUGGCGGUAAUUAACUUGGCGCGGGACUGCCAUAUCCGAACUGAUGAAGAGGAUAUCGGCGCCUUGAACAUGUCGACCCUUCCGUUAUACCACGGUUUUGGUCUGGUCGUUCCCUGCCUCACCUUAGGCAUCGGAAAGCCCUUCCUGCUACCACCACCACACACUGUCCCCACCGGACUGUCCACAGCCAACGCUCUCCGGCAGUUCGGCUGCAAGUCUCUGAUGACGGUGCCGCACAUCCUAGACGAGAUGGUUGCCCUCCCCCCAGGGGAAGGCGUGGACGCGCUCCUCCCUUUACAAUUUGUUGCUUGCGGCGGCGGCCCGCUCAAGCUGACAACCGGCGAAAAGCUAGCCGCCGCUGGUGUCAGGUUGCUGGCUCACUUUGGGACCACCGAGAUCGGGCCGCUGGCUCCCAUAUUCGUCCCUUCAGAGGACUAUGACUGGCGCUAUUGGAGACUCCGGGACGACUACCGAAUCACCGUCGAACCCGUCGAACAGCAGCCGGAGCAGCAACAGAAUGGCACGGCUCCUUCCGCUCCUAGCAGUGGCCAACACUACCAGUUGACGGCGCGGCCCUUCGGCUGGGACACCCCCUUCGUGUUGCAAGAUUGGCUGGUCACGAGCGAUCGAAACCCCGGGCGAGACUUUCGAGCGAUGGGACGAAAGGACGAUCUGAUCGUGCUCAUCACGGGGGAGAAGGUCCCGCCGCAGAUUCUCGAAUCAGCGCUCUGCCAGCGCGAGUUGGUCAAGGGAGCGGUGGCGUUCGGCGACGGGCAGUUCGAGCUCGGCGUGAUUGUGGAGCGGGCCGAUACCCCUGACACGGCCGACGUGGAUACGUUCAAGGCCCUGCUCUGGCCUAUUGUGGUUGAGGCAGGGCGGCAGAUGGACAGCCAUGCAAGGAUAUCGUCCUUGGCUAGUAUAGUCGUGACCGGGCCUGAGAAGCCGCUCCCCCGCUCCGAUAAGGGGUCUGUGUUGAGAAAGGAGGCGUAUCGAAUCUUUGAGGAGGAGAUCAAAAAGGCUUAUCAAGACCUGGAGCUCACGGAUAACGAUGGCGAUUUGUCUCUUGACCCUGGCGCCCUGGAGGAUAGCUUGAAGAAGCUCGUGCAAGCGCAGAUGCAAGAUGCUGUGCCGGAAGGAGUCUGGGGUUCCGAGGACGACCUAUUCGAGUUGGGUGUAAACUCGCUACAAGCAGCACGCAUAUCCAGGGCCAUCAAGAGAGCUUUGAGAAAGGAGGGCAUGUCGAACCUUGUCCCCGCGGAUAAGGUUGGGGCGGAUUUUGUUUACAAGAAUCCCACCAUCUCACAAAUGGCCGACGCGUUGAGGCUUACGAGUAGCCGCCGAGAACCGUCAGAAGAAGCCAUGAUCGACAGCUAUGUCUCGCGAUACAGCGGACUUGUGUCCAAACACCGACAUGUCGUCUUGCUGACCGGGAGCAGCGGCACUCUCGGUUCAUACGCCUUGCAGCACUUGGUCGCCCUGCCACACAUCUCCGAGGUCAUUUGCCUCGUUCGAAAGGGGAGACAUGCAGCUGAAACCAACGGCGACACUGAUUGCGUGGCCGCGCAGAUUCAGAACGCAAAUUCCAAGGGCACCAACAUCCCAACUGAGUAUGCCUCAAAGGUUACGGUUAUUCAGGCGGACCCGUUCCAAAACCACCUGGGUCUCGCAGAGGAUGAGUACAGUCGCCUGAGUGAAAAAGUCGACCACAUCUUCCACUGCGCCUGGCCAGUAGACUUCCAACGGUCCAUCUCAUCCUUCGAGAACCAGUUCCGCUUCCUACAAAACCUGGUACAGCUCUCCGCCGACGCCAACGAGCUCCAGGGCAAGAAAACUCGACUGCUCUUUGUGUCUUCGAUCGCCGUGGUUGGCCAGUACCACCGUAGCCACGGCUCGCGGAUCGUCCCGGAGGAAGUCAUGAAGGACGCGAGGAGUACCAACGACUUUGGGUACGGCAAGGCAAAGCUAGUCUGCGAGAGGAUCCUGGCCAAUGUCGCCGAGAAGUUGCGCGGUAAGGUGGAGGUGGCCAGCGUUCGGUUGGGACAAAUAUCAGGUGCGAGAACGAGCGGCAUCUGGAACUCCAAAGAGCAUUUCCCUGCGCUGGUGAGGUUGUCACAAACCAUCAAGGUCUUUCCAAAACUGCAAGGGACACUCUCCUGGCUGCCUGUGGAUGUGGCAGCCGCGGCAAUAUCUGACAUCCUUCUCUCACCGCAGCCACUUGAUCUUAUCUACCAUGUCGAGAACCCCCUCCGGCAAGACUGGUAUACCGUCAUGUCGGCCAUCGCAGAGGGUUUAGGCUUUCCUCCGUCCUCGGCCCUUGUUAGCUUCGACGAAUGGGUAGCAAAGGCCGAAGGGAGUGCCUUGGUGCGGGCAUCUGGUGAUACUUCGGUGGCCAUGUUGAUGAAUUUCUUCAAGCACGACUUUGAGCGCAUGGCGAGCGGCGGCGUCGUUUUGGACACGUCCAGGGCACGUCAGGCGUCACGCGCCCUACGGAACGUUGAGAUUGUGGAGAGGGAGGAAAUUCUGAACUACGUCCGGAACUGGAGGCGGUCUGGAUUUCUGGAUGAGAAGAAAGUUUGA